AUGGCAUCAUCAUCGCAUGUCACGACGAUUCGUCGUAAAGCAUCUGAACACAGCGUGAGAACGUUACCAAACGCUGCUGCUGUAGGCGAAGGUAGAAAGAUCGUAAUCGUUACCACUAUACGCGAUCGACAUGAAUACGAGAAAGAAGAAUUAUCGAAAUUGAACAAUCGUUUUGUGACUUAUAUUGAUUCUGUAAAACAAUUGGAAUCGCUCAAUAAACAUGUGCAGAUUGAACUACAGGAGCUCCAGCGGCUAUGGGGCUUCGAUUCGACUCGAUUGAGACAGGAAUAUGAACCACUGAUGGAUAAAGCUCGACAAACGAUGGAAGCGGCUGUCAUUACCAAAGCACAACGUGAAAUCGAAAUGAAACGUGCCGAAUUCGAUACGUUCCAUUACAAGCAUGUACACGACGGUAUAGAACAAUGGUGGAAUGCUGAUCAGGCGAAAAUGUCCACCCUCAAAUCGACAUUGAAGGCAAAUCAAAUCGAAAUUGGUUCAAUAAAAAUUGAUGAGUGUUCACUUGACGGACGCUUCAUUCGAUUAGCGAAUACAUCGAAAGAGGAAGACAUGGAUAUCUCUAAUUGGUAUUUGAUGCGUAAAGUCGAUGAUCAAGAAGACAUAGUUUACCUGCUUCCUUCUAAUUUCAUUCUACAUCGUGAUCAGACGGUUAAAAUAUUAACUCGAGAAUCACGUACAAGCCAAGCCGCUCACGACCUGGUCAAUUUCGAAAUCGAUUCAUGGGGCUUCGGAAUGAAUAUUAUUACGCGACUGUACAGGGAUGACAAUGAAGAACGAGCAACUCACAUUCAGAAAAUGGCUUAUCCAUCAAGGCUGUAG